AUGCUCAAGGAAGCCUGCAACAGCACCCUCCCUUCUCCCGAGUGUCUACUCCCCAAUUACACAUUACCAUGGAUCAGCAGACUGCCCUUGAUAGAAGUAACAAGUAGACUGCACUUUGUGACAGUAGUUAUAAUCGGUACUCCAAUCACCAUCAUUGGACUUAUUACCAGUAUUUCUUGCACUCUCGUCUUUUCCAUUUAUCCCAUUACGCAAAUGACCACUCGCUACCUCCUUAUCAUCAAUUCCAUUGAAGAUACCCUCUACCUUACAAUACUUUCCCUUACAAGACUUAUCGGUGGUUUGCUCCAUUUAGGAGUAGAGGCCGAAUACACUUACUCCUUCAUUUGUGAUUUGAUAUCCAAGUUUGUUGAUUUCUAUCGUAAUUGGACGAUUGUCUUCAUUGCAUUUGAACGCUUUAUGCUCAUAUGCUACCCCCUCCACGUUAAGCAGAUUAAAAAUGGGGAGUGGUUGAAAAGGGCGUUUAUUGGUCUAACAGUGUUCACUCUUCUGGUUAGAAUCCCAACUAUUUUGACUCUCACUUUUAAUUUGCUGAAAAUGUGUGAUGAAGGCAUAAUAGUAUUUUCCAUUGAAGGCCUGACAGACGCCCUAUUUUUUACACUCUCACCUCUUUGUCUUCUGACUUUUUUCACCGUGCGUAUUUUGUUACAAACUCGAAGUCUAAAAAUCUGGAGGAAGACGCAUUCAGCUGGGGAUAGUAAACACGCUAUGGCAAUCGAACGAAUGAACAAGCGAGUCCACAAAACGAUUAUGAUUGUUCUUGUGUCAUUCGUGUUUUUAAUGUUUCCAUUUUUGCCGAAUGGAAUUAUACGCAUCAUGGUCGCAUUCGGGUAUAACGAUUGUUUAAUUUAUUUACUGCGCUACAUUACAGCCUCAAUGGCCUACAUUGGCACCCUUCUUAACUCAUCCAUAAACUUCUUCAUCUACCUUAUAACAUGGCCUAUGUUCCGGAUGUGUUUGUGGCGUCUGGUUGUUGCUCCUUUCAUUUGUGAUUUCAGAAGAAAUAUCAGAGACAUUCCGAAGGAGAAGAGCAAAUCAACGACUACCAGAACUGGAUCCAUACCGACAGCCCAAACCACUACAACCGCUGAAAAUGCAUCUGCCGAUUAA